AUGUAUCACCUAGCCAAAGGUCUAUAUCUGUACGCAACCAGCAAAGAAGAAUACUCCGUCCUCCUCCUCGGACUCGACAAUGCGGGCAAGACUACAUUCCACGAGCAAGUCAAGUCCCUCUUCCUACCCACCAACCCCGCGCCCAAACUCAAGACUGUGCCUACGGUAGGACAGAAUGUCUCGACGAUUACAUUGUCGGAUAUGUACCUGAAGAUAUGGGACGUUGGGGGCCAGCACAGUUUGCGCAAGCUGUGGCAGAGCUACUACACUUCGUGUCAUGCGAUUGUGUUCGUGAUCGACAGCACGGAUAUCGGGGAUGGGAAUCUGGAGCAUGAUAAUAGUGGGCGACUGGAAGAAUGCAGGCUUGUGCUGGAAGAUGUGCUGCAGCAUUCGGAGACUGAAGGCGUCCCGUUGUUAGUACUGGCGAAUAAGCAGGAUAGGGAGGACUGUGUAGAGGUGGUGAGGAUUAAAGAAGGCCUAGUAAAAAAGGUCUUUGAGGGAAGCAAAGGGGCGAGUAUUAGGGAUUCGAGGGUGCUGCCUGUGAGUGCGUUGACAGGGACCGGGGUGAAGGAAGCUGUGGAGUGGGUGAGGAGUAGAGUGAAAUGGAAUAAGGAGGGGAGGCCGCCUGUUAUGCGGUGA